UAACAAUUUUUUAUUCCAAUUGGGAGAAUGUUCUGGGACAGAUGAUGUGGAACAAUUAAAAACAAACUGCUCUGGGGAGGGAAUGGAAGAAGGUCCCGGUUCCUUGCCACCUAGAAGGGCACACGACCUUGAAUGAGGGUCUCCGCUGACUUCCUUCUUGAAGCUGUAGCUGGGCUCGAAGAACCCUUCAUUGGACACUUCUCUUUGCACUGUGCCGUUCUGUGACCUGCUGCAAGAUGAACGCUUUCCAGUUGGUAGCAGGGGUAGCCUUCCUGGCCUGUGUGCUUCCACCCUCUUCAGGACAAAAUGCAGUGACUGUGCUGUGCUCCACAGAUUGGUUCAUGGUCACGGUCCAGCCCUACAUGCUGAACAAUGAUGUGUAUGUUCACUUUCAUGAGGUGCAUCUGGGUACUGGGUGUCCUGCCAAUCAUGUGGAGACAUAUGCCUACAGCUUCACCUACCGUGUUACUGAAUGUGGCAUCAGGGUCAAGGCUGUCUAUGAAGAUGUAAUUGUCUACAGCUCUGAGAUACACUAUACUUCUCUGAGCACAUCCUCUAGGUAUGUAAUACCACUGACCUGUGCUGCUCCUCGGCAUUCCCCAUGGCUCCCCAUGCCUGCCUUUGCGAGAUCAGCCGGUAAAGAUGGUGUAGCAGUCCACCAUAAUAACACAGGCUACAAGGUGUCCACCUUAGCCCACAGCAACUGCAUGACUGAUGACAAAUGUCCACCUUGUAUCUUCAGUGAACAGCAGUGGUUCCAGGCCCCACAUCACCAACUGGACAUGGAGGAGGACCAAUCCAUGCAGGCAUCUCCCUUUGAUGAUGAUUGGAAGGACUUUCGUCAUUACUUAAGUUGAUUCCUGUGUUUGGGGGCGUCGUGAAGAUGCUGUCACUGUCAUAUCUACCAGUGCUUAACCAUGUUGACUGACAGAUCAGAGGAUUUGUCUCCUAUGCGACCUUGUUGAGAGCCC